GACUUGAGUUAAAAAUUUGGCAUUGACGACGUUGGCUUGCUGCAAAAAAACCGCCGUAAUCCCUUCAAAAACCCCAAAUAAAUAGAUUUCCCUUUCCUUAUUUGAAAACUGUUUAGGCGGGCGCCGCGUCACGUCGUUUCGUCGCCGUCUCUUCUCUCUUCUUGUCUUGUGUUUGUGUCUCCGUGAUCAAGACAGGCGUAACGGCGUAUCAGCGGUGCUUUGAAUUCGCCAAGUCCUAAAUCUCUGAAUCUAAAAUUUGAUUAAGCUUUGAUUGCACAAAAUAUUCAAUUUCCUUUUUGAAGAAACCUAACAAAAAUUACCCCCAAAAAAGAAAGAGAACAGAAUUAGUAUAAAUCGAGAAAAACAAAGCAAAAUGAAGAUGGCAAUGGCUGGUUUGUAUAAACGAGUCCUUCCUUCUCCUCCUGCGGUCGAUUUCGCUUCCUCCGAUGGAAAGCAACUUUUCAUUGAAGCUAUUCAAAAUGGGACGAUGGAAGGAUUUUAUAGGUUGAUAUCUUACUUCCAGACACAAUCAGAGCCAGCUUACUGUGGGCUAGCCAGCCUUGCCAUGGUCUUGAAUGCCCUUGCUAUUGACCCUGGAAGAAAAUGGAAAGGACCUUGGAGGUGGUUCGAUGAAUCUAUGCUUGAUUGUUGUGAGCCUUUGGAAAAGGUUAAAGAAAAAGGGAUAUCAUUUGGGAAGCUUGUAUGUUUGGCUCAUUGUGCUGGAGCGAAAGUUGAAGCUUUCCGCACAAACCAAAGCACCUUGGAUGACUUCCGCAACUUUAUUGUGAGAUGUUCCACUUCUGAUGAUUGUCAUGUGAUUUCAUCAUAUCAUAGGGCAACUUUUAAACAGACAGGCACUGGCCAUUUUUCUCCUAUUGGUGGUUAUCAUGCUGAAAGGGACAUGGCCCUGAUUUUAGAUGUUGCUCGUUUUAAGUAUCCUCCUCAUUGGGUUCCUGUGACACUUCUUUGGGAAGCCAUGGAUAAUGUUGAUGAAGCAACAGGGCAACAUAGAGGGUUCAUGCUAAUUUCCAGACCUCACAGAGAUCCAGGAUUGCUUUAUACCCUGAGCUGUAAGCAUGAAAGUUGGGUCAAAGUUGCGAAGUAUUUAAUGGAUGAUGUUCCUAAUCUUGUGAAGUCAGACGAUGUGAAAGAUGUUCAUAAAGUUCUCUCAGUUGUUUUCUCAUCACUCCCAUCAAAUUUUGAAGAGUUCAUCAAGUGGCUUGCAGAAGUUAGGAGAAGGGAGGAUGGUGGUCAAAAUCUUAGCCAAGAGGAGAAAGGAAGGCUUUCUCUAAAGGAAGAGGUGUUGAAACAAGUACAGGAAACCAGCCUUUUUAAGCAUGUUGUAACAUUUUUAUCAUCAGUGAAUUCAUGCUGCAGAAAUGCACUGGCUUUAAGUCGUGAAAGUAAUCUGCCUGACAUUGCUGCCACAGUCUGUUGCCAAGGGGCAGAACUUUUGGAUGGGAAGUUUGGUUCCCCAAAGAGGUAUUGCUGUCGGGAAACAUGUGUUACAAGCUUGAAGGCUAAUGGUGACAAGCCUAUUACCUUUGUGUCUGGGACAGUUGUAAAUGGUAGCUCUGAGCAGGGGGUUGAUGUGCUGGUUCCUUCAUACCUGAAAAAGCUGAAUUGUUGUGGCUCUAGCCCAACUAGUUGCAUUGGGAUUUACCCGGCUGGCAAUGAUGUUCUAACAGCUCUUCUGCUGGCCUUGCCUCCAGAAACGUGGGGUGGUAUUAAAGAUGAGAAGCUUUUGAGUGAAAUGUAUUCCCUUGUCUCCACCAAGAAUCUUCCCAUUUUGCUUCAGGAAGAGGUUUUGCACCUUCGACGGCAGCUUCAUCUUCUCAAGAAAUGUCAAGAGAAUAAGGUAGAUGAAGAUCUAGGUGCACCUUUAUGCUAGCCUAUUACACGAUCUUCCCCUCGCGUACUUUUUCUUCUCUUCCUUUUUAUCUUCAUUUCUCUCUCCAAUAGUAUAUAUUGUUGGUAACAAAGUUAGAUAGCACCAUAGAAAUGUGUUGCCCUUUUUAAUACAGCCGGGGGGCAAGUAAUGCUACCCCUGUGACGGAAAUAUCAUUGUUACGAGGCAAGGGGAGUUUCCGGGGACCUCAAGACAAAGUGGAAAGAAACGUCAUUCAGAGGCAGUAACCUUUGAAGCAAUUCCAUGUUUUGGGAGUGGUAUGGAUGCUGCAUCACGAUGAAGCAAUUUUCCUACUUAUCUGCAAAAUGUUGGUGCAAUAAACUGCCCUUAUCUCAUGACCAUACAUCCAAUGAAGACAAAUUUUAUUUUUUAUUUUAACAAAAGAAUGUGAGAUGCUAUUAUCCUAAUAUUAGCUCCAUUUCGCAAUUAAUAUUGGUAUAUAAUUGUAGAAAAAUGAAAAUUCUAGAAUUAACUAGUAUUCAUUUUCCGCUAUGUGUG